UUAGCCAGCGAGGUAAGGUUCCCGGUUUUUUUAUAUGUAUUUAGAUAAAGAUUCGUUUGUGCUGUUUUAACGUAAUUUAACUUUCUUUCAGUUCAUAUUUCAUAUUAUAUCUAACUUACCAAGAUUAACAUGCCUAAGCAUUCGAAAAAAGAUAAAGAUUCCAGCGCUUCCAGUUCCGACUCUGAUUCAGGCCCUGACGAUGUUGUUCCAGCAAAAAAGUCAAAGUCUGAUUCUAAGCAAUCAAAGUCCGAUUCAAAAAAAUCAAAGGGAGAUGGUGGAGGAGAUGAGAACUCUUGGAGCUUGGGCAAAAACCGUUUCAUAAAAUUAACAGAAUUUAAAAAUACCUGGUACAUUGAUGUCAGAGAAUUCUACAAUGCAGAUGGUGAUCUAAAACCAGGCAGGAAGGGAAUUAUGCUUUCUAUGGAACAAUGGCAAAAAGUAAAAGGUUUCAUGAAUGAAAUUGAUGAAGCUAUUAAGAAAAAUGUUUAAAUUUGUUUACUUAAUGUAAUUUUUUAAAUUCCAAGUGUGUUUUUAUAAUUUUUGUGUUUCAGUAAAAGUAAUUUAUUAAGUUGGG